AUCUAAGCCAGCUGCCCUGAUUUAAACACUUCAUUGCAAGAAGAGUGGAAGCGAAGGGGGAAUCUGCAUGCAAUCCCCCCCCUACCAGUGUGCUCAAAGUACACUGGCAAAGCAGCUGCCCGAUCUACAAGCUACACAUUUGGACGCUUGCAAGUACAGGCAUUAAGGAGUCUUUCUGUCUCACAUUCUCAGGACGCAAAGGGCACUGGUUGUCCUGAGAGGAGGGUCCUUUAGGCAAACUGACCUCUGGGGUUAACCUGAAUCAGUGUUUGUGAAGCUCUGUGGAGGAGGGGAGGAGGGAACAGUUAGUGGGAGGUGGGAGGCCACAGUGGGGCUCCUGAGCUGCUCAAGAAGGAGACGAAGCAGUCGCCGGGAAGCAAGGCAAGAGGAGGAUAUGGCCACGGGAGAAAUCACAACACUUCCCUCCACACCUGAUGACGGAGGCAGCGGCGGCUUUCCUCCCGGGAGCUUCAAGGACCCCAAAAGGCUGUACUGCAAAAACGGGGGCUUCUUCUUGAGGAUAAAGCCUGAAGGGGGUGUGGAUGGAAUCCGGGAGAAGACCGACCCCCACAUAAAACUUCAACUCCAGGCGACCUCAGUGGGCGAAGUGGUCAUCAAAGGAGUGUGUGCGAAUCGCUAUCUGGCCAUGAACAGAGAUGGACGACUGUUUGGAGCGAGACGAGCGACAGAUGAAUGCUACUUCUUGGAGCGGCUCGAGAGCAACAACUACAACACGUACCGCUCCAGGAAGUACCCCGACAUGUACGUGGCCCUGAAGAGAAGCGGCCAGUACAAGCCCGGGAGCAAAACUAGCCGAGGUCAAAAGGCCAUCCUGUUUCUUCCAAUGGCUGCCAAGGCUAGAAGAAGAUGUGACGGCAAUGAAGACAAAGUGGCUCCAUCAACAUUGCCCCAAAACAGCUGUGAUGCAUUCUGACUGUUGUAUCCUGAACAUGUCUGCUCUUAGUCAGCUUUUACUUUCAAACUGUGGCCACAUUCACACCUAGCUGCUUCACAGUAACAAAUGUAGACCUGCUAACUGAAACCAGGUACCUUGCUGAAUUUGACUUAAAGUAACAACCCUUUCCUACUGUCCAGCUCCUGUAGUCUAAACUUAGCUGUAAGAUGAAGGUAUAAGGUCCACAUAUACUGUUAAAACAAGUUAAAAAAGAACAUGCAUCCAAAUCAUACACCAUUAUAACCUGAUAAGAGAUUAGGGACUGAACUAAAUAACUACAUUUUAGGAUUUUGUAUUUUGUCAAAAAAACUAAGCACACUAAACCAACUCAAAUCAAAGCCCAAGCACUAGUUUUAUCGUGUCAUUUUACACAACUCAGAAUAUUCACACACACACACAGAAACUGAACAGGUUUCCUGAGCUUGUUUUUGUUUUCGGAUAAAACUGUGUUUCCCUUCUGUAUUGCCAAAUUCCCACGAGGACAAUGGUUUUAAAUGAUGUCUAGUUCAAUGACAGAAAGGCAGUUAACUUCAACAACAACAAUUAUUUUGAGAUACUUGACCAGUCAGUAAUUUCAUUAAGGCAGCCAAUAUUGAUAUUGCAACACCUAACCUUAUGUUAGCUUCUUCCAGUAUGUCUUCAGCUGACACUGGUGGUUAGCUCGUUAGCAAGACCUGCUACAAGUUAAAAACACAGCAACCUUUAAAAAAUAGUGCCUUUGACAAAUGAAAUAGCUGCUUGGAGCCACUAUUUCCCAACGGUAAGGCUACCAAACAAGUGUUAUAAAUAUGAACCGUAUAAAAUGGUGGUUCAGGUAUAGAGUGGUGCAGUGAUGACAUAUGUAUGUAGUCCAACCUGGAAGUUAGCAUGGCAAGGGCUCAACCCAAAAAUAAUCGGGAUUUAUUCAGGAUAAUAUUCAGAUAUUAACAUCAUUGUUUUAAUAGUUGAAUGCAAUCGCCAGAAGUAAAAAAGCUAACGUUGGGCUAUCAAUGAACUUCAUAACUGUCACGUGACUUCACGUCAACAGGGCUAAGCUAAAUGCGGCUA